UAACUAUUGCGCCAUUUCUAUCCUCUCCUUAUCCCAAACGGAUAAGUGGUGAUAAGCUGAUCAUAUUCCCCGCCAAAUCUAAAAGGACGGAAAUGCCCGCCGCCGCCGCCGUCGCCGCGCUGUUUCCUCGGGCGCCGCGCUCCGCCGCCGCCGCCGCCAAAUCCGUCGUCGUUUUCUCCCCCUCCAAACCCUCAGUGCUCUCCCUCUCCUCCAAACCCUGCGCCUGUACCACAACAAGGAAAAAACCCUGCGCCGCCCUCUCCGCACGGCCUCCUCGGCCUCGUUCCUCGGGUGCGGGCGAGGAGGGAGAGGAGGAGGAGGAGGAGGAGGAGGAGGAGCACGUGUUCUUCGACGGGGGCGCGCACUACGGGGACCUGGCGGCGAACCUGGCGCUGGGGCUGACGCUGCUGUGGCUGCCGCUGACGCUCGCCGCCGUCUCCCGCGCCUUCUUCCUCCGCUACCGCUUCACCGACAAGCGCGUCACCGUCGUCUCGGGCCUCGCGGGGCAGGACCGCUCCGACUUCCCCUACUCCGCCGUCGCCGACGUCAAGGCCGUCCCGCGCUUCAUCGGCGAGUGGGGGGAUCUCGUCAUCACCCUCACCGACGGCACCAAGGUCGACCUCCGCAGCGUCCCCAAAUUCCGCGAGAUCGCCGACUACUGCCUCUUCAUGGCCGACCGCCCCGCCCGCUCUGCUGCCGCCACCGCCGACAACACCCGCCCUAGAGGCUUCUGAUCGAUGAUUGAAUUUCGCACUAGUGCGAACUUAUAUAAGCACAUCGAUCAUCAUAAGAUGUUGUUAUAUAAAUCACACUUUCUCAUUCUGAUGAGACUCGACCCUUUGGUGCUGGAAUGUCGAUAGUAAGAGCCCGCACCUUAUCUAGCUAAGACGGGUCGGCACGGUCCAUCGAUCUGUGUUUUUUUUCUGAAGUGGUGCACACUGCAGCACAAUUUUCGGCAUGAAGUAGCUAUGAUUGAAUCAAUUUUCUUUUCAAUUAA